ACUGCCCGGUGUCGUAUAAAAAAGUUGCCGUAAAAAGAAAAGGAUGUGCCUAAGUUACAUCGGAUCUCAUUGUCUUUCUGAUAUUGCGCGCUUAUAAAAGGGCUGCGUGACAAGAGGUGUUAUCGCAAUGCUUUUGCAAUACCUUCUACUUGGUACAUUUCUGUUAUCCACAGCGCUAGAGAUUUCUGGUAUCCACAGCGCUAAACCGUUGAGCAACGGAGACACCGUGCACGAGAAUGGUGAUAGUGGCUGCGAAAGCUGCGCUACAGGAAUCAAUAGCGAUGCAGCAAAUAAACCAUGUGCAAAGGACGCCGCUUCGGGAGCCGUCUAUCCUACAGGCACGAGCACGAGAUGUUUAAAAGCAGGAAUGACCGAUGAACUGAGAAUGAACUAUUUGGACAUGCACAACUUUCGCAGACAUCAGCUUGCUAAUGGGCAUGUAGCUAAAAACAACGGAAAUCUUCUGCCGAAAGCUACGAAUAUGAUCAAGCUGGAAUUGGACUGCGACUUGGAAGCGGAUGCAAUUGCUUAUGCUGGCACCUGCCCGAAUGAAGUAUCGGAUGAAAGCACAAGGAGUGGGAUAGGGGAACAUUAUCAUCGCAUCGCUGUUUCUAAAGCGGGUCCCGCAUACGUGGAUGGAUUGAAAAGCGCUGUCACUAGUUGGUGGAAGGUUGUUCGCCAAUAUCCUGGCAUUGGGAUGGCAGCGAUGUUCAGAGCGAAUCAUGUUGGAACACCUAUUGAGACCUUUACACAAAUGGGAUGGGCAAAGACAUCAAAACUGGGUUGUUCCAUAGUAACUUGCUCUUCAGACUAUGUGGUUAUCUGCCGCUACUCGCCGAAGGGUAACGUCGUCGAUGAGAAUGUUUACAUUCCUGGAACCCCCUGCUCACAAUGUAUCGGCACGUGUUACAGCGAUUUGGGAUUGUGUUCAGCAUAGAAUGUUUCACAAUAAAUUGUGUUCUGUAC